CAUUUCGUAGGGCAAAAGUCGGCCUUGCCACACUUGAGCUGCCGUGUCACAUUCGAGUUGCAUACCUCUGAAGUAGGAAUGAAAAUCAACAAUAAUAAAAUAAAAAAUUCGAAAUUCCCCUACAAUUAGUUAAAUUUUUUUUGGAAAAUCAAAUUUGCUGUCUGGGAGCAGACUUUAAGUAUCCUAGGCUUGAUCGCUUAUCGAAGCGAGUGAGCCAUUCCGAUAUUUAGAGGAUCAGGAGAAGCGCUGCAAAACCAUCGUUGACAGGAAAAGCUGGAGCACAGUGCUAUUUUCAAAUGAUGGGCAAUUUGUAUAGUAAAGUAUGGCCGAGCAAGAAAAAGGAUUCCAGUUUUUAUCUGAAACCUUUGAAAAAAGAUGCUUCAGUGCUGAAAGCGGUCGAAGAUAUACAGAACCUCACUCCGGAAGAAGUUGAGCAGCAGUUCGAAAACGUGUGCCGCGCGUCCCACAAGGUUCUGCACAGCCUGACGCACAAUCCGUGCGGCCAAUUAUCCAUGCGCAUAAAGCAAUGCUUGGACGAAAAUGUUCAGCAAAUGUCCAAGUGCUUUGCCGAGAUGGACGAGUAUAGAAAGUGCGUGAGUGAUAUGAUGUCGCAGAAGCUGGCUGAUGUCGUUAGCGAUUUCGAAGAGCACAAAGAAGACGACGAUAAAUUCAAUGAAAGCGAUUUGGAUGUUGAAACGGAAAACGAGCAUAGCGAACGAAAACAGGAGAGUGACCCAAGUAGCUGCGCCUAAGCUCCUUACGCUAUUUAGUAUGUAAUCAUGUGUAUUUGUGAAUAUAUAUAUAUAGGUAUAUGUGUGUAUUUAUAUAUUAUAUUCUGUGUCAUUUCGCUUUGUUGGCGAAGUAAGAACAUUUUUUGAAUUAAUAAAGCAGUAACGUAAAGGUCACUGCAAGAACUUGACAUUUUAAAUUUCAAAAA